AUAAACUUUAAACCGUUAUCACUAAAGCUAAUCACAACUGUCCCAUGAGUUUUGUGGAGUACUCAGAGCUCAUUCAGGAAGGAGAUGUGGUCAUCAUCUUUCUUGGGCAUGAUUCCAUGAUGCCCAUCAAGGUGGAGUCUGGUGCUCAAACACAGACCCGCUAUGGAGCCAUUCGCCACUCCACUGACUUAAUCGGUCGACGGUUUGGUUCUAAAGUAACGUGCAGUAAGGGUGGUUGGGUGUAUGUGCUGCAUCCCACUCCAGAGCUGUGGACUGUGAAUCUGCCUCACCGAACCCAGAUCCUUUACACAACAGACAUCGCCAACAUCACCCUGAUGCUGGACCUCAAACCAGGCUCCAUUGUCUGUGAAUCAGGCACUGGCAGCGGCUCACUGUCCCACGCCAUUCUCCGCACCAUUGCGCCCAAUGGCCACCUGCACACAGUCGAGUUUCAUGCCCAGCGGGCAGAAAAGGCUACAGAAGAGUUCAGAGAUCACAAGGUGGGACAUCUAGUGACUGUCCGAAACCAGGAUGUGUGUAAAGAAGGCUUUGGUGUUUUGGGUGUAGCCGAUGCGGUAUUUCUGGACAUCCCAUCACCAUGGGAGGCCAUCAUACAUGCCAAGAAAGCAUUCAAACGCAGAGGGGGUCGUUUGUGCUCGUUCUCUCCAUGUAUCGAGCAGGUCCAGAGGACAUGUGAAGCUCUGCUGGAUCAUGGUUUUGAGGAGAUCUGCACUCUGGAGGUUCUGCAGAGGGUACACGACGUCCGCUCUGUCACUCUGCCCUUACCAGACUUCGGCCCGGAGGGUGGAACAGACAAAACCAAGAUAGCCUCUGACCCUCUUCCAGAGGAAGUUCCACCUUCAACAAACCCCAGCUACUCUUCAGUGACCUGCAGGACUGCCACACCGCCUAGAGAGAUGGCUGGACACACCGGUUACCUCACUUUCGCUACCAAACCACGGGGCUAGAACAUUACAGGAAUGCCGCAAGAUGGAUGGAGUGACUGCUUGAAGCAUGGGUGUAGACUUCAGCUCUGUGUUAAUUUUUUUUUUUACAGUCUCUCAUGGUAUAUAAUAACAUACCUUUAUAUUAAGAUACAGAGAUGGAGUUAAUCAUAUAUAUUUUGCAAAUAUGAUUUGAAACCACUUUUUUUAUUACUGUUUAUUGUUCUUUGUGUAAGAACAAGCUUUAAUUUCUUUCAAAGUACAACAAUACACUUUAAUUUAAUGUUAGUUUUUUUGUUACAAUAAAUUUCAAAUGAGAGGAAAUCUA